AAAAAAUGCGCUGACGUCCAUUCUGUGCUCGGUAGUAUUAUGGUCUGUUGGGAAUUCAGAGUGGCAGAGGGACUGUGAGAAAAAAAACGUCCGCUUCGCUAACACUAGCAAGCUUAGCUAACGGUAGGUCGCACUGGAGUCAACAUGGAGCUGUCUGCCGUCGGGGAGAGGGUGUUCGCCGCCGAGUCUAUCAUCAAACGCAGAAUCAGGAAGGGUCGGCUCGAGUACCUUGUGAAAUGGAAGGGCUGGUCUCCUAAAUACAGCACAUGGGAACCGGAGGAAAAUAUUCUGGACUCCCGUCUGUUUGCGGCUUUCGAGCAGAGGGAGCGUGAAAGGGAACUCUUCGGACCCAAAAAGAGAGGACCCAAACCCAAGAAGUUUCUUCUCGAGGCCCAGGCCACCAAGUCUUAUGAGUUUAGGAAUGAGACAAUGCGGGGGAUGCGCUUUAGCUAUGCCACACUGGAGCCCGUUGUCACCCACAGGGCCAGAGAAGGCCUGAGAGCGGUUGUCCCCACCAUUUUCCCACCCAGCACUGUUAACCGGGGAGAAAGCGUAUUUGUCAGUCCACCAGAUUUGGCCCACGAGCAACAAGCGACCUCCGAAGAGCUGGUGCAUUUACCCAAAAAGAGAGGGCCGAAGCCAAAGCUCCGUUUCCAAGACGGCAUCCCAGCAGCCUACGAGCCAGACGAGAGGAGAGCAGAGGAACUGUCAAACCACAGUCCUCAAAAACGGUUGAAGCUGCACAGCGGUGAAGAUAUGAAACUGCUUAAAGUUUCCCAUCACGGAAGCCCUGAGUACCACGGUCACAGUCAUAAACACCAUCGGCACCACCACCACCGGCGCCACCACCACCAUCAUCAUCAUCAUCAUCAUUCACAAAACCGGCCAAUGACAGGCGGGGGGUCCCACAAGCAGCUGUACGCAGAGAGUGACCUGCACUCACACAGGGACACACACAGGACUAAAAACAGCUCAGCCCCCUCCAAGCAACAGCGCGGCCCCAGCCAGCUUGUCCCCACGGAAAAGCCUUACUUUUUGGACAAGCCAUCCCCAAGCCGACUCGAGGUCGACUUGGACGAGGUGACAUGGCGACCGUCUCUGCGCAGCGUGGAAAAGGUAUUGGUGACAGAUGUCACCGCCAACUUCCUCACUGUCACCAUCAAGGAGAGCAACACUUCAAAAGGUUUCUUUAAAGACAAGAGAUGAUGCGGACACAUCGACCUCAAUGUUAAUGCGGAACAAGGGGCCAUGAAAAGAGAUUUAAUUGUGUUAUGAAAUCAGAGACAAACGUGCAUAUCCAUAAAUACAAUACAAUACAAUACAAUACAAUACAAUACAAUACAAUACAAUACAAUACA